AUGCGCCCUCUCUGUAUAUCUGUACAUACACGCGCGUAUAUCUAUCUAUCUAUCUAUCUAUCUAUCUAUCUAUCUAUCUCUCUCUCUCUCUCUAUAUAUAUAUAUAUAUAUAUAUAUAUAUAUAUAUAUAUAUAUUGGGAUGCGCGAAUGUCGUGGGGCCCACUACUACUGAAGUUAAAUCUAUCUAUCUAUCUAUCUAUCUAUCUAUCUAUCUAUCUAUCUAUCUAUCUAUCUCAUCCCGUUCCAUUUCAUCCUGUUCCAUUCAUCUAUUCAUUCAUCUAUCUAUCUAUCUAUCUAUCUAUCUAUCUCAUCCUGUUCCAUUUCUAUCUAUCUAUCUAUCUAUCUAUCUAUCUAUCUCAUCCUGUUCCAUUUCUAUCUAUCUAUCUAUCUAUCUAUCUAUCUAUCAUCUAUCUAUCUAUCUAUCUCAUCCUGUUCCAUUUCUAUCAUUCAUCUAUCUAUCUAUCUAUCUAUCUAUCUAUCUAUCUCAUCCUGUUCCAUUUCUAUCUAUCUAUUUAUCUAUCUAUCUAUCUAUUUAUCUAUCUCAUCCUGUUCCAUUUCUAUCAUAUCAUCCUGUUCCAUAUCUAUCUAUCUAUCUAUCUAUCUAUCUAUCUAUCUAUCUAUCUCAUCCUGUUCCAUUUCUAUUCAUCUAUCUAUUCAUCUAUCUAUCUAUCUAUCUAUCUAUCUAUCUAUCUAUCUAUCUAUCUCAUCCUGUUCCAUUUCUAUCUAUCUAUCUAUCUAUCUAUCUAUCUAUCUAUCUAUCUAUCUAUCUAUCUAUCUUAUUCUGGUCUAUCAAUGUCACUACUAAUCCGAUCCUUGGUCGCUGGGAUCGAGAAUUUGUCCGUUGCUAUCUAUCUAUCUAUCUAUCUAUCUAUCUAUCUAUCUAUCUAUCUAUCAACGUCAAUUAAUAUCUAUCUAUCUAUCUAUCUAUCUAUCUAUCUAUCUAUCUAUCUAUCUCAGUCUCAUAUCUAUCAACGUCAAUUAAUGUCUAUCUAUCUAUCUAUCUAUCUAUCUAUCUAUCUAUCUAUCUAUCUCACCACUUAUCAUUUAAUAUCUAUCUAUCUAUCUAUCUAUCUAUCUAUCUAUCUAUCUAUCUAUCUAUCUCAGUCUCAUAUCUAUCUAUCUAUCUAUCUAUUUUCAAUCUAUCUAUCUUUGCAGCCUCUAUCAUUGCAUCGUUCUUUGUUUGCGACGAGCAGACAACAGAACAUUCAACACCCCACUUCUUAG